GAAUGGAAAUAUAAAUAAAAAAUCCAUCAGGCUUACCGUAGGGCAGCAGAGGACAGUCUGCACAAGGGGUGUGCUGCUGCAAGUGUAAAGAGAUCACUUCGGGAUGGCGGCUCGGCGGGCUAUUAAAGCCGUUCUGGUGGAUCUUAGCGGCACUCUGCAUAUCGAGGACACCGCGAUCCCUGGAGCACAGGAAGCUCUCAAAAGGUUACGUAGCGCUCCUCUCGCCAUACGCUUUGUGACCAAUACCACCAAGGAGAAUAAGAGGACCCUUCUGGAGAGGCUGAGGAAGCUGCAAUUCGAUAUCAGCGAGGACGAGAUCUUUACUUCCCUGACGGCAGCCCGGAACUUGGUGGAACAGAAGGGAGUCCGGCCCAUGCUGCUGGUGCAUGAUAGUGCUCUGCCCGACUUCAAAGGAAUCGCCAGCGACAGUCCCAACGCAGUGCUGAUAGGAUUAGCUCCCGAGCACUUCAACUACCAAACCAUGAACGAGGCCUUCAGGCUGGUCCUGAAUGGAGCUCCAAUCAUUGCCAUCCACAAGGCAAGGUACUACAAGAGGAAGGAUGGCUUGGCCCUGGGUCCCGGUCCAUUUGUCACAGCCCUGGAGUAUGCUACUGACACCAAAGCCACCGUGGUUGGGAAACCGGAGAAGACCUUCUUCCUGGAAGCCUUGAGGAGCACAGGCUGCAGCCCAGAGGAGGCCGUCAUGAUCGGGGAUGACUCCAGGGAUGACAUCGGAGGGGCACAGAACACCGGAAUGUUGGGCAUCCUAGUUAGAACAGGAAAAUACAGAGAAGGAGAUGAACAUAAAAUACAGCCAGAGCCACACCUGAGCUGUGCAAGUUUCCCGGAAGCCGUGGAUUAUAUCUUGAAGGAUCUGUUAUAGGAAUAUAAUGUGCAGAUUGACUCCCCGGCCUCCCUUCCAACGCCUAAAUCGUCUAUUUAUCCCACAAGCAUGACCUAGAUCUCCAGGAACCCCCAACAGGUUCAUUUUCACUCCGCCCUCCCAGCAGCUUAUACUUCCUUCCUUCAUCUCUCCCAUGCUCCGUUCUGCUGCUUUAUAUAUAAGCUAUGAGGAGUCGCCGGGGUUCGAGCAUAAAAGGGCAGCAGACUCUCCUUGUGAUGGCACUGAUUGGCCCAGCAGUAUCACAUGCUCCUCCAUAGCGGGUAUUUCCUUUUGCUCCCUGCAAUAAAUGAUGCACCUGGGGAGAGAAGGAAAGGUAGUACAGUGGAACCUCGGAUUACGAGCAUAAUCCGUUCCAGGAGAAUGCUUGUAAUCCA